GUCAUGAGCCGCAGCCUUUAUUUCAAGCAACUGAGGGCACGAACACAAGCAGCAUUCUCUCAGGCCAGACACACCACAGCCCUUUGAAACGCUCUGUGUCCCUUACCCCACCCAUGAAUGUGCCAAACCAACCUCUAGGACAUGGAUGGAUGUCUCAUGAGGACUUACGAGCUAGAGGACCCCAGUGCAUCCCUUCCGAUCAUGCCCCCCUGUCUCCACAAAGCAGUGUAGCCUCUUCGGGAAGUGGUGGGAGUGAACAUUUAGAAGAUCAGCCUUCUGCUCGUAACACAUUCCAGGAGGAAGGGAGUGGGAUGAAAGAUGUCCCAGCCUGGCUGAAGAGCCUCCGGCUGCACAAGUACGCCGCCCUCUUCUCCCAGAUGACCUAUGAGGAGAUGAUGGCCCUCACCGAAUGCCAGCUGGAGGCACAAAACGUUACCAAAGGCGCCAGACACAAAAUAGUCAUCAGUAUCCAAAAGCUAAAAGAAAGACAAAACCUGCUCAAAUCUUUAGAAAGGGACAUCCUGGAGGGCGGCAACUUGCGCGUCCCGCUGCAGGAGCUCCACCAAAUGAUCCUCACCCCCAUCAAAGCCUACUCCUCCCAGAGCUCCAGCACGGAGGAGCAGGGCCGGGAGGGGGACUCGCCCCACGGCUCCUCCCUGCUGGGCUCCGACAGCCAAGGCCCCGACUGCAAGGACUCUGCCACAGGGGGGCUGCAGCAGCACCACUUACCCGGCUGCGAGGGCGAGUCAGGGGGGGCCCCUCUGCCCGAGGGUGACCUGCCUGGGCAGUUCACCAGAGUGAUGGGCAAAGUAUGCACACAACUUUUAGUUUCCCGACCUGACGAGGAGAAUAUAAGUUCCUAUUUACAGCUCAUAGACAAAUGUCUAAUCCACGAGGCGUUUACAGAGAUCCAGAAGAAGCGGCUGCUGUCAUGGAAACAGCAGGUGCAGAAACUCUUUCGGUCUUUCCCUCGGAAAUCCCUCCUGGAGCUGUCAGGCUACCGGCAGCAGAGGAG